UUAAACAUUGACAAGAAGACAUAAAUAUGUCUUGUGUCCAGAAAAUAAUGUCUGCAUCCAACUGCCUCUCGUUCCCUCCCUUUUUGCCUUCCCCUUUCUCUGAUCCUCUCUCCCUUGCUCCAUAGCUUCCUUAUACCUCAAUGGCGGGGAGCUGUCAGGUGGAAUCCUGCAAGGUUGAAACCAGCGAUGGAAUUAAGCUCCACACCCGAGUGUUCAAACCUAGCGAUGAGGUGAAGGACAGCCUGGUGGUUGUUCUCGUCCAUCCCUACUCUGUUUUGGGUGGUUGUCAAGGCCUAUUGAAGGGAAUCGCAAGUGGGUUAGCUGAGAGAGGCUACAGAGCUGUGACCUUCGACAUGAGAGGGGCCGGCAAAUCAAGCGGUAGAGCUUCUCUCACCGGUUUUUCUGAAAUCCGUGAUGUUGUUGCUGUCUGCAAGUGGGUCACUGAGAACUUGUCCACUGACAGAAUUUUGUUGGUCGGUUCUUCUGCAGGUGCACCCAUAUCAGGCUCGGCCGUUGAUCUAGUAGAACAAGUCGUUGGUUAUGUCAGUCUGGGAUACCCUUUUGGUCUCACUGCAUCCAUCCUCUUUGGGCGGCAUCAUAAAGCCAUCUUACAGUCCCCAAAACCAAAACUAUUUGUCAUGGGCACCAGGGAUGGAUUUACAAGCGUGAAACAAUUUGAGAACAAGCUCAAAUCUGCAUCAGGACGUGUGAAAACUCAUCUGAUUGAAGGAGUGAGCCACUUCCAGAUGGAGGGGCCCAAUUAUGACGCUCAAAUGGUCGAUCUGAUUCUGGAAUUCAUCGGAUCCUUGUAGUGAUUGCACCAGCCUGGCCAAUGGCCAUGCUUUAUGCUGGCAGGAUGAAAGUGAAAUACAUUAUGUUAGUAAUUCCAUUACCAAGAAGACUAUUGACUUGGCUUUCAAAGACUCGGCCCAGUUUGGUCGUUUCCCAUGA